UAGGAUUGAUGCGUGUAUCGCAACGUGAUGGAAAAGACUUACUUCCCGAGGAAGUGGACAAUGAGAUGUGCAUCAAAGGUUGUUUUCUUGCAGGAGAUGUACGAGCAAACGAGCAACAAGGCCUUACGUCGUUUCAUACCCUUUUUCUACGGGAACACAAUCGCAUUGCAAAGAUUUUAAAACAACUGAAUGACCAUUGGAAUGGAGAAACUAUUUUUCAAGAAGCAAGGAAGAUUGUCGGAGCAACAAUUCAACAUAUUGUUUACAAAGAAUACCUUCCCAUAAUCCUUGGCCCUAAUCCCUUGCCUUCAUAUGCUCAACAUAAUCCAGACGUGACUCCCAGUAUCCUCAAUUCCUUUGCAGCGGCAGCCUAUCGUUUUGGCCAUAGUACAAUACGAUCAGAAUUCGAUCUACUAAAUUCUAAUUUUGAGCCUUUAGCACCAGCAGUGAAGCUAAGGUUUAUGUUUUUUAAUAACACUAUCACCAAAUCUCUUGGUGUGGAGCCAGUCUUACUUGGUUUGGUUGGAAAUAUGUCUGAAAAGGUUGACCUCGUCUUAUCGAAAGAAAUUACGGAGCAUUUAUUUGAACGCGAUGACUUUCAUGGCGAGAACUUAGCUGCAUUGAACCUGCAGCGGUCACGUGAUCAUGGAUUGCCCGGAUACAACCAUUUUCGAGUAUUAUGUGGCUUAUCAAACGCAAGCAGUUUCGAUAAUACAAGCAAAGAAAUACAAGAUCCAAAUAAUCGAGCCAUUUUGAGACGUUUGUAUCACGAUAACCCAGACUUGGUUGAGUUAUGGAUAGCUGGUCUUGCGGAGGUUCCCUAUCCUCAAGCAAUCGUUGGUCCUACGUUAAGAUGUGUCAUACGAGAACAAUUUUUACGUUUACGAGAUGGUGAUCGAUUCUACUAUGAGAAUCCUGGAGUCUUCAAGUCAAGGCAACUGUCUGAGAUAAGAAAAACUGGCCUAUCUCGUGUGUAUUGUGAUAAUGUCCAUGGCGUUGUUUCAAUACAAAGGAACGUAUUUAAAUCAGCUAAGGAAUACGGCCAUCGUGCGAACAAAUUCCUAAGAUGUCCUUGUGCCAGUGGAAAGAAUGUGAAAGUGGUGAACCCGACAUUGACGAAACUAAUGGAAACUGUGUUUGUAAGGCAAAAUUAAUGGUGUAACAAUAUACCAUGAAAUUGGAAGAUAAGAAGAAAUUGAAUGCAGCAAUUAUUCGCCAUUUACAUUUAAAAAUAUUUCAUGCUGAUGGAAACAGAAAAGACUACAUACAUAAUGUUUACGCAUAAUGUAAGUGGGUUUUUACGAGUAUGUUUCAUGAUGCUAUAAUUUUAGUCAUCAAGAAACUGCAUGUUUUUGAUGAUGUUAAGUUAUUAUAGCAAAAUUACUGAUUUACAAAAUUUCUUUAAUGUACACAUCCUAAAAAAUAACUAUCCAAAGGGUCGAGAGAGUGCUUAUAUGUUAAUUAUUAAUGUUAAAGUACACAGCAGGAAAAUGAGUGGGAGAAGUUUUCAGCAAAAUCUUAAUAAAGUUGUAUAUACCUAUCAUUUUGUGAAAUAGCCAACCAAACUGAGAAAAAUAAAACGUUUCAUCAAAAAACUUAA